CAACCUGAAGCCUUACAAAUGGAAUUCGAAUAUAGCGCAUGGAAGAACUUUGUUGAAAAUAUUGCUAAUAACUCUCAUCUAUAUAAUGAUUCUUUAUCGCGAAAGGCUCAAGAAAUGGUAUCUUCGUUUGAGGUGAAAUGUUUUAAUUAUAUGAUACAAUAUAUGCUUGGAAUCUGUUGGGCGAGCCUUGAUCUUAUGGAUCUUGGUAGGAUUCAGUCUAUUGCUGGACACAUUUGGAAUGACAAAAAUUCAGAAGUACGGAAUUUCUGGGAUCAGCAAAAAAUCUCUGAUCUUGAUAAUAGCUUGGAAAUUUUAUCAAAGGAGACCAAAUUACAAAUGGCCAUUGCGGAUCUCAAAUACGUUAUCAAUAAAUCUGAAGAAGCAACAAUCCAUUCCGAUCUUAUUGGAGAAAGACGGGGUCAGAUUCUGAAAAGCGAAUUGAAACACAAGAGAAAGGAUUUUGAUGUCGAAAUCGACAAUUUCUUUCAAAGUCACGCUGAAAAUAUCAACCAAUGUGGCUUAUUAAACGUCAGAAAACAGAUGAAGAAAUUCCCAACGAAACGGACAAUAAGGAAGGCGAGCUUGCAAGAAGGUAAAAAUUCUAGGUAG